AUGGCUACACUCCUCCCUGGCCCUCUUCCCCCGCGAUUCGCUGAUCUGAAGCGCGAGAUCGCUGAGUCUUACGGUCCUGGCUUUGAGCAACAUAUAACUAUAGCUUGGGAGGACCUCCUACGCGAACUUGCUAAGACUACCUCCGAGAUAGAGAACGCUGGCUCACAGAUUAUCCCUCAGGUGGCGUUCGCUGAGCUCGACAAUCUUACCCCGGAGCAGAUCGCCGACAUCAAGAAACGUGGCUGCGUUGUCAUCAAGGAUGUAGUCGAUGAUGAGCAGGCCUCUGGCUGGAAGACUGAUCUCAAGCAGUUCGCUAUUGAUAAUCCCAUGAUCCCCGGCUUCCCAGAGGAUGACAAACAAUUUUUCAACGUAUACUGGUCGAAGCCGCAGGUCGAAGCUCGUGCCCAUCCCAAUGUCCUCAAGGCCAGCGCGAGGCUUAACGAAUUCUACCAUGCGAACGGCAAGACACACCUGGACGGCGUGGAUCUCAAGACUCCACUCAGCUACGCUGAUCGAUACCGCAUUCGCAAAGCAGACGGAAAGCCGUGGUCUAGAUUCCCGCCUCACGUCGACGGCGGUUCUAUUGAGCGCUGGGAAGACCCUACAUUCCGGUCGUGCUUUGCCGACAUUCUCAGGGGUCAAUGGCGUGAGCACGACGCCUACGACCUUGAGGGUCGCAUCAACGCCCGCUCUUCUAUGUAUGGUCGUCCCAAUCAAGCCAGCGUCUUCCGUACCUAUCAAGGUUGGCUUGCGAUGAGUGACAUCGGCCAACGCCAAAGCACGAUCUGCUUCUUCCCGGAUGUAGUGCUCUCAAAUGCGUACACGAUAUUGCGCCCGUUCUUCCGCCUGAAGUCGAACCCUGUCUCCGAUGAUGCACUCGCCGUAGAGAACUGGGAGUAUGACAUCACCAAUUCGGACUUCCCUGGCAUAUACUCGAUGAGCGACGGAAAGGGUUAUGCUGGCCCGCGCCCCAACACUGAGAGUCACCCACAUCUCAAUCUUGACAAGACCAUGACGCCCAUCCCCCAUGUCUCGCCCGGGGAUAUGGUUUUCUGGCACUCCGACCUCAUUCAUUCCGUCGUUAGCGAAUUUGAAGGAACUGGCGAUUCUUCUGUCAUGUACAUCGGAGCUGUACCGACUACCAAGCAGAACCUGGAGUACAUCGCACGCCAGCGCGAGACGUUCGAGCGUGGAGUCAUACCACCCGACUAUCCCCAAGCGUCGCCUGAGAUAUCCUACGUGGGUAUCGGACGUCCUGAACAUAUCCUGGGCGAUGCAGGCCGUCACGCUAUGGGUUUCCCGAUCUUGACUUCUGCUUGA